AUGAUAGCCCCAAGUCUACGAAAAGCAACAUGUACUUCCUGCCUUACUUCUUUCAAACACGAGCCACUUGACUACAGGAGGGGCGCAAUCAGGCUACUCCGAAUUCUCCCACACCUUUCGGCUGAUUGUCUCAUACAGUGUGAGAUCUGGCAUGACAGUGUCAAGGCGAGCUACACCUGCCUCUCAUACGUCUGGGGAUCAGAGAAGAUACAACGGCAGAUCCUCGUCAAUGGCAAACUUCUCCUUGUUCGAGAGAAUCUCUACGAUUUCAUCGGCGUCGCUCGAUCGAAAUACGCAAACCCAGCACGCACCUUUUGGAUCGACGCUCUUUGUAUCGACCAAGAUUCAAUUCACGAAAAGAACCACCAAGUCGCUCAGAUGGGCUCCAUUUACGCAAACUCCCUCGAAGUAAUCUCUUGGCUCGGAUUCAAUCAGAGUAUCGGCCGCGCGUUCGCAUUUGCCUUGGAUUUGAGUAAGGAACCCCGAUACGAGAUAUGGGACUCUAGUGACAAACAAGGCGCCAAAUGGUUCGAACGCAACAAACAGACCAACGGCCAGCUCAAGAGAGACUGGCUCGCGGUCGUCGAAGAUCGAUACUGGACUCGUGCUUGGAUUACACAAGAGAUCUUGCUCGCCCAAAAUGUCAAAUUUCUUGUCAAUGAUCUUGAAGUCGCUCACAUGCAGAUUGCUGAGUGUGCUCUCCGAUGGCUGGAACAUAUCAACAAUUUACAGGGAAACGCAACAAUAGACUCGAAGAAGUGGGACACUAAGACACGCGUCUUCGCCCACUAUAUGUACUCGAUAGGCGGCGGAAGGGGAUCACCCAAGGAAUCGAGAUUGAUCAACUACUUCGACAGCCUACCCGGUCGAGAGAGCUAUUUCGUCCAUGACAGAGUCUACUCGCUCCUUUCGCUUGCUUCGGAUGCUUCUAGUAUCACCAUCGACUAUCGCCUUUCCCGGCAGGAACUUCUUCGCCAGGUCAUGAGCAUCUAUAAAUCGAAUAUGUUCCCAACCCGGAAAGCAGUAACACUGAAUCAGGAAGAAGUCCCGUCUUCAAAAUCACAUUGA